UAGGCAGCGGCGCGCGUUCUCGGCCCGGUGGGCGUCCCGCUAGUGCGGUGAGGUGGCUGCGACCGGGUGGGGGACGGUCUCGUGGCAACUCAGAGGCCGCCGAGCGGGGCGCCCCCGUGUCCCGGAAGGCAGCGCGGCCUGCCCCGGCGCCCGGAGCGGGCGGGGAGUCACAUCCGGCGGGGCGGGCCUCGCGGAUCCCGGAAGUGUGGGCGCGGCUGCUUUUCCCCGCGGCGGCGGCGGCUGGGCAGCCACAGGAGUCAUGUCACUCUGUUGACGGAUGCUGUCUCUGGAGGAGCCAUCUUCGCUUCCCUCAGAGUCCACGUGGAGUGCUGAGUUGCAGAGGGAAGGAUGGAGAGCCUGAAAGAUAAGACCCUGCAGGAGCUGGAGGAGAUGCAGAAUGACCCGGAGGCGAUUGACCGGCUGGCCCUGGAGUCCCCCGAGGUCCAGGACCUGCAGCUGGAACGAGAGAUGGCACUAGCCACCAACCGGAGCCUGGCUGAGCGGAACCUGGAAUUCCAGGGACCCCUAGAAAUCAGCCGCUCAAACCUCUCGGACAAAUACCAGGAGCUGCGGAAGCUUGUAGAACGGUGCCAGGAACAGAAGGCAAAGCUGGAGAAGUUCUCCUCAGCACUGCAGCCAGGGACCUUGUUGGACCUUCUGCAGAUCGAAGGCAUGAAGAUUGAGGAGGAGUCCGAGGCCAUGGCUGAGAAGUUCCUGGAGGGCGAGGUGCCCUUGGAAAAGUUUCUGGAGGACUUCUCCUCCAUGAGGAUGCUGUCCCAUCUGCGCCGUGUCCGUGUGGAGAAGCUCCAAGAUGUGGUGAGGAGGCCCCGAGCUUCCCAGGAGCUGGCUGGAGAUGCCCCUCCACCCCGCCCGCCACCCCUGCCCCUGCGACCAGGCCCUCAGGCCACACCCCCUGUGGCCGAAGACCAGCCGCCUCCACAGCCGUCCGUCACCCCUCCCUACCCUUUGCCCUACAGCCCGUCCCCGGCCCUGCCCGUGGGCCCCACUGCCCAGGGAGCCCUGCAGCCGGCCCCCUUCCCCGUGGUGGCCCAGCCCUCCAUCUCAUACCCUGGGCCUCCGGGACCCAGGGCUGCUGCGGGCUACUCCUGGUCCCCGCAGAGGAGCGUUCCACCUCGGCCAGGCUACCCUAUAGCCCCGACAAGCACCCCUGGCCCUGGGUACCCCUUAGCAGGCAGGGCCCCCAGUCCUGGUUAUCCUCAGCAGGCCCCCUACCUCCCAGCAGGAAGGAAACCUCCCUACCCGACACAGCCUCCACUCCCAGGCUUCCCAGGACAGCCCCAGCCCUCAGUGCCCCCUCAGCCCCCGUAUCCCCCGGGGCCCACUCCUCCCUAUGGGUUUUCCCCACCUCCGGGCCCAGCCUGGCCCGGGUACUAGCCGUGGUUUGGCUCCGUGGCCCUUCUCUCCUCCGCCUACAGCAAGCCUUUGGCCUGCCCGUCACUGAGAUUUGAGCUUAGUGGUUGGUGCUCCCUGUGGGCCUCCUCAGCACAAGGAGGUCUCGGAGGCACCUGGCUGGCAUGCAGGACCCCACAAGGCACUGAGAGUGUGUGACAGAAGCUUACAGAACUCGCUGGCCUUCUGGCCAGAGGCCCUCCUGGGAGCUACUCUGUCGGUAACUGGCUGUAGGCUGUAGGUCCCCUAGGCCAGCAGGAGCCCGGGUGACGCUGUGUCAUGCAUUUGUGCACAUCUCCUCGCGUCUGCUUCCCCAGACUGAACCCAGCGCAGCUGUCUCAGUGACAAGGUGGCCUGGGGUCCCAACCGUGCCCACACCCUGCCUCUCCCCUGCGAUUGGGCAUAUUUGACAGAGUCCCAAGCCAAGGAUGCAGCUUUGUGUCUGAACAUUCAAGAAUGUUCUGCCCCACAUACCAUGGCUAGGGGUGGUUUGGAGGGAAGCACAGAUUUAGGGGAAAAACAGUAAUUUUAAGUCCCAUAUAAGCCAUAAUUUAACUCCCAUAGGCUGAGGCAGAAGCUCCCCGUGCUGGUCUGAGCACCAGCAGCGCCAGCACAGCGAGUGUGACGUGGGUUGGGAUGUCCCUCUGGCUGGAGGGAGUGGAGCAGCUGUAGCCCGGGAGAUUGUGGUCACAUUGGGGCUCAGCUAGAGUCGGGGCCCUCCCAGCCACCCUUCCCUCAGGGCCCCCCACUCUGGCUGGCUUUUCUGAGGCCCACCCAUCCAUCCAUUCUUUAGUGCCUUGAAUCUCAUUCGCAAGCUGCCCCUUCGCCCUUCAUCUCCCCAUGUAUUCCCCCUGUCCCCCAUUUCCCUGUAGACGGUCGUCAUAGACACCCUAACAGUAACCUCCCAAAUGGUGCUUUCCAAAACACCAUCACUACACCGGGUCAGUUUCUCUGCACCUCUCUCGUCUUCAGAAUGUAAAGGGCAGGGAUUGUGACUGUCACAUGCAGCCCUAGCACCCUGUGGGCUUUUAAGCAUGUACAGAGUAAAUGACGACACUAGGCCAAAGCGGGUGACGAAGGAAGCAUUGACCUGUUUGUCCCAGAUGUGAACCAGGUCUCGGCAGAGCCUGGAGCUGCUACGGGUUAGGAAGUUGUAUGUGCCUUGAGACAUCCACUCCCUGAGUCCCCAGCCUCCGGUGGACCUGGGGUGCUGGGGGCCGAGGAGGAAACCUCACCUUCUGGUGCCUGCCCCCUCCCCGGCCUGCGUGCCACCUGUGGGUGUGUGUGAUGCUAGAUUAGCAGUUCCUCACCAACUGUGCUUGCUUCUUGUAAGUUAUUUAUGAAGAGGAAUCACUAAUGGAGUUUGUCUGAGUGCUUCUGAAUUGGAUGAAUGAUCGCCUGUGUGUUCGUGUAAUUCAUUGCCAUAAUAAACUUCGAUGGG